GACGUCGCGCUCCUCCCGGCACUACACCGGAAGUUCCAAAGAGAAUCGACAAUCAUAGCAUGCACAACGAACGAACGCUUGACGAGCUGAAGGUCGCAAUGGAAGAGGCGACGCAAGACUGUCUCGAUCUUGUGCACUAACAGGAUGUAGACUGGAACCACACAAAAUUCAUGACUGCAUGGCCUCAGCAAUUUCCUCUUUUGCUCUUAUACCGACGAUUGUCUGCGAAGAGAGCACAGCGAGGCGAACGAGUGGGAUUAUGAUCCGGUUUACUACUCUGUGGAGACCACCGUUGCUGUGGAGGCCAAUCACGCCACCGACGACUAUCCCGACGAAGACAAUCCCAACGAAAACAACCCCGGGGAAAACAAUACUGAUGAAGACAAUCCCGACGAAGACAAUCCCGCCGACGAGGACAGCCCGAGCGACAAGACCAGUCCCGCUGAAGAGGACAAAACCGCCGAGCAAGGUGAGGGCACCGAAGAACCUACUCCCACCGAGGAGGCUAACUCCAUCCCAGGAGCUAGUCUCCCCAAGAACUCCGGUUCCCGCAAGCGAGCCGCUGCCUUUAUAUGAGAAAACUCGCCAUUCGUGGAAAGUCCACCAGGCCUAUGCCCGGGGAUGGAGACUCUUAAGCUAGUAUCUCGAGCACACGGCGGGCCUGGAAUCGUCUGAAACGAAGAA